AUGACGCUGGACGCGAUGCCGGCAGAGGAUGAGAUACCACCUCCUCCAGUCCCUUUUGUUGCCGCGCCGCGUGUGGCAGCCAGAGGUAAAUUGGACAUUGCUGCUGCGUUCAAUGCGGCCCAUGCGGAGGGCUGCGAAUGCUGUCUUCCGAAGCAAUCCGCCCUGAAGCCUGGUUUCUGGCAAGAUGUCGGCUUCGGCAUAAAGGCAGAAACCUCUGAGGGCCAGAUUGUCCGCGAGACCCUAAUACGGGAGGUCGAGGAGGAGGCGCAGGCGAUGUCUCCCAUCGAAAGAACCGCCGCCAUAUUCGGCUGGAAGCGAGCGGGUGAUAUGGCGCUUGAAGAUGAGCAGAAUAUGGAUGGGGCUGGGGACUGUUAUGCUCGUGGUUUGGCAUUUGGGGCUGUGUUGGGGGAGGCGGAUGGCUUGGACGCUUUCCCGGCGUGGUAUCCGAGAAAAGAGGUGCACAAGCUGUGCGCAGAAGUGCUGGCCAGGGCAGCUUUGUUGGACCGAAAUCCGCUGGUCUGUCUGAUCUGUGUCAGUGUCGUUCUGCAGUACACAGUGCAGUCCCCUGCAGUGGUAGAUGCAGUUAUAGAAGCUCGCCAGGAGUUGAAGCUGGCAGAGGAGAAAGGAUCCAAGGCCUUCGGAAGCACUGCCAAGGGCGGAGACUGUAGUCGAGUACGGAACCAACAAUGGCACACCAUGCCCACCAUGCCCACCAUGCCCUUCGCCCAAGCUUUCUCCUGCUCCCCCGUGCUCGGAAGCGACUUUGGAGAACAAAUAUGCUGCUUCAAGUUCAAGCUUAGAUUCUUAGAUGGCAUGACUUCACAUGCGAACAUUGGGACUGAAGGAUUAUGA